CUUCAAUCCCAAUUCCCCCUUCCCCUUUUCACAACCCGACUUCUUCUUUUCUCUAUUUUAACUUCCAUGAGUGCUACUUUACUCAUCCACCAAGCAAAGAAGAAAACCCAAUGAUUCAACUCCCAAAAUCCUCCAUUGAUUAAUGUGCUCUUGCUUCCACACCACAUUACCUAUCUGCUCCUUUUCACAUCCCUCAAAAACCCCAAUCUUUACCAAAAAUGGUGAAGAACCCAUCGCAUCAAGACAUCGAUUCAUCAACUUACAUGACCAUUUUGAAAAAGUUUAAGCCGUUUAAACUGUUCGAACCCUCGUUGGGGAUAUUGGGUUUUUUAUUCAUUACAGUUUGUAUUGUUUUUGGGUUUUUUAACUUGGAUUACAGAAGUGUUGUUACAGGGGGUGUGUUUCGAUUUUCGAAUGGGAUAGAGAGGUUGAAGUGGUUGAAGUUUGGAAGCAACAGUGAAGUUUAUAGUACAAAAAAGAUUGAUUUUUUGAGUGUAGAUGGAGAUGGAUGUGACGUGUUUGAAGGUGAUUGGUUGUGGGAUGAGAAGUAUCCAUUGUAUCAAUCUACAGAUUGCAGGUUUUUAGAUGGAGGGUUUAGGUGUUCCGAAAAUGGACGACCGGAUUUACUCUACACCAAAUGGCGUUGGCAACCUAAAGAUUGCAACUUGCCCAGGUUUAAUGGGACACGAAUGUUGGAAAGCAUUAGGAACAAGCGAACAGUCUUUGUUGGAGAUUCAAUAGGCCGAAAUCAAUGGGAGUCUCUUCUUUGCAUGUUAUCAUCUACAAUUACUUCUAACAAAGAAAAAGAUAACGAUUCAAUAUACGAAGUAAAUGGAAAUCCAAUCACUAAACAUAAAGGUUUCUUGGUGUUCAAGUUUCGCGAUUACAAUUGUACAAUUGAGUACUACAGAGCUCCUUUUCUUGUGCUUCAAAGUCGACCACCUCCCAAUUCACCAUUAGACAUAAGAACUACACUUAAAUUGGAUCAAAUGGAUUGGAGUUCAGCUAAAUGGCGAGAUGCUGAUGUUCUUGUUUUUAAUACAGGACAUUGGUGGAAUAAUGAGAAGACCAUAAAGGGAGGUUGUUAUUUUCAAGAAGGAGAAAAGGUCAAUAUGGAGAUGAAAGUAGAAACUGCAUACAAAAAGGCAUUAGAAACAGUCAUAGCUUGGGUGGAUAAAGAAGUAAAUAAAACAAAAACACAGGUGUUUUUUCGUACAUAUGCUCCUGUACAUUUCAGACGUGGCAACUGGCGGUCCGGCGGAAAUUGCCACCAAGAAACACUACCAAAUCUCGGUUCCUCACCGGAGCAACCAUCAACCACCUCGCCACAAUACCAUAUUUUCAAAGACAUAAUUUCAAAUAGCUCAAAAAAUUCAUCAAUGAAUGUACUCAACACCACCAUUAUGUCAGCAAGGAGAAAAGAUGGCCACCCUUCAUUGUACUAUCUUGGCCCAAUGAUGAGUCCGGCGGCGGUUCACCGCCAGGACUGCAGCCACUGGUGUCUUCCCGGAGUUCCCGAUGCAUGGAAUGAGAUACUUUACGCAUUUGUAUUGAAACAGGCGGCAGUUUCUGGUUGAUAUUGGUUUUCCGGCGAUCGGAAGGAGGUGGAGUGGAGUGUAUAUAUGGUUUCUGAUUACUACACCAACGCCUUUUGAAGGUGGUGGUGUUUGGAGUUUUGACAUGGUGAUGAAGAGAUGCUUCAAAUUGGGGACAUAAAGUAUUUGUAAAUGUAGGUUGAGUUUAAAUUUUAAAAUUAUUAGUUUUGGAACUUAUUUAACUUGGAAGUGAAAUUAUAGAAAUGGUAAAAAGGCCUUUAAUCGGGAUUUAUUUGAUUUA